CUCCGCUGACAACGUUAUUGUCGAAGUAUCGGCAAUAGAUUUCACAAGGAUAAGUUUUCAGAGUUUUAAAUAUUAAUCCCGUGCAGCUUUUCAGAAGAUAGUGGAAAUCAAAAGAGAAGUGUGGAUAAGUAUGGAGUCCCAAGAAGAAAAGGUACAUCAGGCAGCAGGUGUCUUGUGUGAAGCGAUCAUUAGUGUUGCGACAUUUAGGUUCACACUUGAACAAUGGGAAAUAGUGGAGGUUGAUAUCAGAGCAGCAGAAGACAGGGAAUCUGCACUGAUGAAGGAAUUAGAUAAAUUAAAAGAUCAGAACACAACUGCAGAAGAAAAUAUAGAAACAGAUGACAAUGAAUUAACAGUUCCAGACGACACUCAAUGUGUAGAGGAUAUAUUGAAAGACUUAGGGGAAGAACUAGACGAAGUAGAACAGCAGAAGACAUUAAUGACAGCAGCCGAACCAACAGAGAAAACACUGAAAGAUGCCAGAUAUGUUUUGAAGGAUACAGUGCAGAAUUUUGAUUUACAUGGAGUUAUUAGCAAACAGACAAAAAAGGACAAAAAAAGGGAAAAAAGAAAAUUGAAGAAAGAGGAGAAAAUUAGUAUAAAAAUAGCCAAAGAAGAAGAAAAAGUCGUGCAGUUGUAUUUCAAAGCAGUUGACAACAUUAUGUCAAGGUACAGCAAUAAUGUUAGAGUACAACACAAGAAGGAAGAAAAGAAGAGGAAGCAAUUGGAAAAAGCAGAGAAAAAAACCCUAAAGAUGUUGGAAAAAGACAUAAACAAGAGGGAGAAAGAAUGUAUAAAGAACGAAAAGAAGAAACCAGACCAAUCUUUAAAUGUAAAGAAAAAACAAAACGAUAUGAAGAAAAGCAAAACAAAGAAAGUUACAGGGAAUAAUAAGGACUUUGAGAAGAAAGAGUCAUCCACUGUGGAUGAAGAAAAUGCUAUGAAGAAUAGAAAAGCAAAGAAAGGGGAAAAGAAAAUAAUAGAUCCAAAAGAGAAAGAUUUUCAAACAAUAGUUACCAAGAAGGAAAACAUUGAUAGAAUAGAUACUACCAUUGCUGGAAAGAAGAACACAUUUUCAGCAAACAUUCGUGCAUUUUUCAGGAUCUUUUCUUGUUACAAACAACAGGAUAAUGAUAAAUCUGUAGUUUGA